AUGUGUGGCAUCUCUGGUAUCUUCAAUGCUCCUCAAGAUCUUGCAGAGGCCGUGCUACGUCUCCAAGCGGCUGAAUUGUUCCAUCGAGGACCUGACCACGCUGGUAUAGAAAUUCAAGGUGGAUCCGGGUUGUACCACUGCCGAUUGUCUAUUGUCGAUCCAGCUGGUGGUCAGCAGCCUUUUCGCAAUAAGGAGAACACCGUCUUCUUGGUAGCCAAUGCCGAGAUCUAUAAUCAUCGUCAUCUUCGUCAAGUGCUCAAGUCGGAAGCUGGAACGAUUUUUCAGAGUGAAAAUGACUGCGAAACGUUGCUGCAUGCCUACCUUCACUGGGGUGACUCAUUCUUGGACAGGCUCGAUGGCUUCUUCGCUUUGUUGAUCCUCGAUUAUCGCAAUCCUGAUCAGAAGGGCUGUAGGCUGGAAAAGCCUCGCUUGUUUGCGGCCCGAGAUCCGGUCGGUGUUACCAGUCUCUACUUUUCGGUCGCUCAGAUGUGCGAUCACCAGCAAAACCCGCGUGGAGAGCGCUUCAUGAUGUUUGGCAGCGAACUGAAAGCAGUCUGUUCCAUUCCAAAGCUUGAUACAGCGCAACAGCAAGUCAAGGCUUCCUACAUCGCAACUUUCCCUCCCGGUCACCGCUUUAGCACCGAUGACCUGGACUUGGCCUCUGCGCCUACCGCAGAGCAAUUGCUCGACGGUCUGUCCGGCGCAAAAGAGCCACGAGGUUCUGAUGCCAAAGAUUGGCCCGGUGAGCCGUACAUCACCCGUUACUUCGUUCCCUCCUGGUAUCCUGGACAGAAAACCUCAGUAGGCUCAGAAUAUCUCGAUCUCAAGCGACUGCGAGAAGCUCUCGCCUUGUCGGUUCGUAAAAGGCUGAUGAGUGACGUGCCUGUCGCAUUCCUGCUUUCAGGCGGUCUAGAUAGUAGUCUGGUGUGCUUGGCUGCUACGGAAUACAUGGACGAGCUCAAGCAGAAGCGAGAGGCUCCUUCUCACGUUCCUAGUGCAUACCUCCGUCCGGUCUCGCUAGAGAAUCUUGUCGAGAGCACUGGACGGUUGCGAACAUACUCUGUGGGGAUGAUCGACAAGCACGGUGUGACCUCGGAUGACAUUGUUGCGGCGAGGAAGGUGUCUCAGCACCUGGGUACCUCUCACGUCGAGGUCUUGUUCACUUUUGAAGAGGGCAUUACCGCGCUGAAAAAAUGUAUACGUCACAUUGAAACUUUUGACGUCAGUACCGUGAGGAGCAGCGUCCCCCUCUUGCUCCUCUCUCAGCGCAUCCAUCAAGACGGAUACAAGGUGGUCCUGGGUGGAGAAGGAUCGGACGAAAUCUUUGGAGGAUACAAAUAUCUGUGUGAUGCGUCUACCGCGGCCGAGUUUCACGACGAAAUCGUUUCUUUGAUUUUGCACGUCCAUCUCAGCGAUACUAUCCGGAUCAACAAGGUGCCCAUGACUUUUUCAAUCGAGACUCGCGCUCCUUUUGUCGACAAGGACCUCAUGGAAGAGGCUUUCCGCAUCGAUGCAGGCUACAAGAUGUUCCUUCGAAAUGCCGAUCUGGUCGAUCCAAAGCAGCUUAAAAAACCCAAGGGCUGGAUCACAGCUGAAGGUCCGGAAGAAUAUACCGGACUGCGGCGUCUGGAAAAGUACGCUCUUCGUGCGGCUUUCGAACCAGAAAUCAAUCAAAACACACCCACGGAACACCGCACUCUACCUCAGAGUGUCCUCUGGCGCCGAAAGGAGCAAUUUAGUGACGGAGUUGGUCUCAGUUGGGCUCACCAGCUAAAGCUGUACGCUGAGAACUCGGUAAGCGACGCGGAAUGGGAAGCUAGUCGUCGGAAGCUUCAAUACAUGACUGCUCGAACCAAGGAAGAACACCUCUAUCGACGUAUCUUCGAUGAUUGCUUUGAGAGCUCGGGCGGACCAGCUUUGACUGUAGCGCGUUGGCAAGCAGGUGUCCGCUUUGGCAAUGGCGACGAUCCCUCCGGUCACUGCCAGUAG